UUUGAGGUUCUGUGGGAUUGGAGGUCAGAGAAGCUCUUCCAGACAAAGGAAAUGGUUUAGUUUUUGGGAUUCAGAGUGGUGGGUUCUAUACCUAUAUCUUCUAUAUCAUUAGACCUUUGCUUCUUCCGUCAAAAUCCCCCAACCAGCCCGGGCCUGGAGCCCAUCAUGGCCCUCAUCCAGAUCGAUCUGUGCGACUUUGAUGCCUACCGCGAUGCUGGACGCAUGGUGACCGAGUGCCACGACUUUGCCGACCACCUCAUGGUGGCCGAAUUCCUGCCCUUCAACAAGCGGGUGGCCUACAUCAACGUCCGCACCCUGGAGCAGGUGGUCUACUGCGUGGAGCUGAGCCACUGCGGGUACAGGAUCGUCUCCUAUAACUUUGACGACGUCGCCGAGGAUGUGGCGGCCUGUGACACCAUCUAUCCCUCCGCCCACAAGCUCUUCGCGGGUAUAAGUCCCCUCUACGCGGAGGAAUUCGGCUUUGGGGUAGUGCCGCUGAAGAGGAAGUAGGCUCCAGGUGGGGGCUAAUUGCUCCUCCAAGCUCCAAAAAGUGAUAAUUAAACGUUUUGCAGGUAAA